AUGGCACAACCAGCAAACAAGGGAUUCCAAUCAUAUACUAGUCAAAAGAUAGUAGUUAUGGGUGGCGGCGCAGUAGGCAAGAGCGCACUUACCAUCCAGUUUAUUCAAAAUCAUUUCAUAGAGGAAUACGAUCCAACCAUUGAAGAUUCUUAUAGAAGACAAUGCCAAAUUGAUGAUGUAACAUAUUUAUUAGAUAUUUUGGAUACAGCUGGACAAGAUGAUUAUUCAGCAAUGAGAGAUCAAUAUAUGAGAACUGGAAUGGGAUUUAUUUUGGCCUACGAUAUUACUUGUCGAGCUACUUUUGAAGAGGUGAGCACAUUUGUCGAUCAGAUUAAACGUGUCAAGGAUUGUGACUCUUUUCCAAUGGUUUUGGUUGGUAACAAGUGUGACCUCGAUCGUUCAAGAGAGGUUACCUAUAGCGAAGGAAGAGAAAUGGCAAAGGCAUUGGGAUGCCCAUUUUUCGAAACAUCAGCUAAGCGAAGAUCAAAUGUCGACGAAGCAUUCUUUGAAUUGGUACGAGAAAUCAAAAAGGGUCUCCUCAAUUUGAAUCGUACCAAUAGUAAACUCAACAAAAAGAAUACUGUAUCAAAAUCAAUUAAAAAGAGAUUUACAAGUUUAAUCAUUUGUGGUUCAUCUUCUUAA